AUGUUCAGAACAACUCCACAGGGUUUCAACGGCUCGCAACAGAAACAGUUAGGCUUCUUAGAGAAGUACUUGAACACUUUCCACCCAUUCGCUCGUUUGCUAAUAGAAUUGCGACUGUUGAUCUGGGAAGAGGCUUGCCGAGAUGAACGCACUGUCACAGUUUUCUCGAGCGAAAGAACUUUGGAUGCGGAGUUCUCCCAAGGUCAUGGCGAUUUACCUUUUUAUACUUUCAAAAGCCGCAAUUCCAUUCCGGGAGUCCUUCAUGCAAGCCGCGAAUCCAGAUUCAUCGCCAAGCAGCUCUACCUGCCAGUUUUCGACACUCAAUCAGAAUUUCCACUUGUCACAACAUUGGGUAAUGGAACAGCCGCAUCCAUCUGGAUCAAUCCUUCGACCGAUCUCAUCUGUCCUAUGACAUCGAUGACUGAUGACCAAUGCGACGCGUUGACCCAGAAGAUGCGCGAUGUGAAGGUCGAACGAAUUGCUCUGAAUGAUUGUGCUUUCCAGAGAUCCGCAUCAAUUCCUUGCGAUAAAUGGGGCACAUUCUCGGCCAUAACUAUCAGAGAGGUCACUAUCUACACCUCAAGAUAUCUGGUGAAACCUGAUGACAAUAUCGAAUUAACUAAAUUCGAUCGUAGGGUUGCAUACCCUCCUAAGAUUAUGAAGUCGAAGAAUGAGAUUUCGCGUCGACAAAACACGUCUUUUGGGAAUCUUCAAAAGGUGCUGAAGCAACAGCUUCUUGAAGACGAAAAGAACAAGAAGCUCGGCCGAGAUUGCAUCAAGCUUGAUGCUUGUCCACAGUGGUUGUUUGACUGCCGUGGAAAAUGGACUAUACCACAGCAACGGCAUAUGGCAGCGAAUCAAGCCAAUACAGUCACGUAUUCUAGGAGAUAG